AUGACCGCCAAAAAAGGAGACAGCGAGUCUCCAAAGGCUUCGGCCGAUUCGAACCCUCAAUCCAUCGCGCAGCGCAUUCCGCCCCCCGAGACCAACGAGGCCAGCCAGACGCGAUUCCGAGUGAUUGCUGCUUUUUGGGCCGUUAUUAUACUGCUCGGAUUUCCAAUAUGGUGGAAAACAACAUCGAUCUAUCGGGCGCAUUUGCCAAUUCAGGAGAUGGUGGACUGGGAUGAUGGCAAGAUAUGUCGCCCUGUCUUUCCACUAGAAAUCCAUGUUGCAGCACCUGCAAUGCAAAUCUCCGAGUCCCAGCACCUCCUCCGCACUACCCAACAUACCCUUGACGAUCUCAAUGAAUUCGCCGCUCACCAUUUGCGACUUAAAUUGGCGAACGAUACCAGCGCAUUCUCUUCUAACGGUGAAGAGAGCGUUUUGUCCAUUGAUCAAGUUAAAGAGGGUGCAGAUGUUGCUCUGGUUGUUCGUGUGCUCCCCCAGGAUGACUUGGUAGCCCCUCGAUCAGAACUCCACGCAGACACAACACAACUGGAUGUAUUCUACCCACCGAACCAGGUCCCUCUUCCCUCGUCCUCGAACCCGCCUCUCUCGGCUUUUAUCGCACAGGAACUUCAAGGACUAUAUAGCGAGGAGAAGGCCACUAUUGCUCACAUUCUCUCGGGUGGGACAGCCGGUUUUGAUUCAGAGAGCAUCAGUCGACGACUGCGCCGAUCCAUGAAAUACGCCGACACCUAUCACCUGUCAUUCUCACUUUUCACCCCGGGCUCUGUGCCGUCUUCUUGGGACAUCGAGGCGGCUGUCAAGGAGUACCUAUCCCCUCUUCUCCACGCAUUUGCUCCCAUCAGCAACUUUACAAUCGAUACUCAGGUUCAGCUUUAUGCAACCUUUUCACCAAUGGCACCACCCCCGGUCUAUGAUGAGACCGAGGCUGCUUGGACACUGAAAAAGGAGGAUUUGAGCGCAUUCAUCAAUGCUGCCGAGUGGCCUCUCAACCCUAGCAUUGGCAGCGGCCCCACCCUCAACUUCAUUCUCUAUGUUCCCGCUCCGUCUCAAUCUCCGCUUGUCGUGAAGGAGAACCGCGCCUCGAGCUGGAUUGUACCGCAAUGGGGUGGUGUAUUCCUUCUCAAUCCACCACUCUUAGCAGAUAAGAGUGGUUCGUCCAACCCAACGCACCUCACAGAAGAUUCUUUACGCCCCGCGUUCAUGACGUUCUCUCAUCAACUCUUGACUCUCUUGGGCACCCCCACCACUCCGUCAUCCCUGCCACUCCGUCUCCAGACCCUUAUCCGUGUUCGAGCAGCUACUCUCCUUCUUUCCGCUUCAUCUACCAUGGGAUCUCUGGCCCGUCUCACUGAAUCCCUUCCCUCUAUUCCAAUCCCGGCUACUGUUGCCUCCUCGGUCUCCACUACCCUGACCCACCUCUCUGCUACUUGCUCUUAUCUUCGGGAUGGUCGCUUCGCUGCUGCUCUUGCCAGCGCGCGCGUGGCUGAGACCGAGGCAGAGCGUAGCUUUUUUGAGAAGAGUAUGGUUGGUCAGGUCUAUUUCCCAGACGAGCACAAGGUCGCUGUGUACUUGCCUCUCUUAGGCCCAAUCGGUGUGCCUUUGGUUGUUGGGCUAUUGAAGGAAAUAAAGCGACUAGUAGCUGGAUGGAAGGCGAGGAAAGCCUUGACGAAAUAA